AUGCCGACAAUUCCGCUCCAUGUAUCGGUUUCUACAGGCCGCAAUGGCUACUCUACAGAGAUAUCAACCAAUCCACUUCCUCAACUCCUCCAGACGCCCUCUGGGCUGGCCAUCCUAGAGCUUCAAGGAACCAUCAAUCUUCCAGCCAACGACAACCGCGAGGUUCUUGAGCAGGACACGUCCGAAAUUUCUCAGCCCACACCCAAGACUGAAACACAGAUUGGACGCAUCAUUUUCGCAGACUACAACCCAUCAGCCGAACCGUCUGAUCAAAGUUGGAUGAAGCGAGUAUAUUUAACCGUCGGUCAGCAUCAGCGACUAACAGGCGAGGUAAAAAAGCUCUCAAAGCCUUUUGCAGUUAUUCAACGGCGAAAACACGAUCCUCAGGGCACCAGAAAUGUCGCACAGGACGUGGGGAAGAACAAAGAUCUCCCAUCUGCAUCCACACCUACACCUACAGAUCAAUUAGAGAUUGUGGAGAUUAUCAGAUAUAAAAUAUUGUUCUCCUCGCGCCCGGAGCCUAUCACUAACGAGGACUAUUGA